AUGCCAGCGCAGCUCACCUUGACUUACAUGCCAUGCACCAUGUGCCUUAUCUCUCCCUCCCUCCAUCCAGCUACCUAUACCGCAUACACGCGUCUCCGUCCGCCCAUCCCUCCAUAUUCGAUCGCAACCGCGUGUGGCACGUGCCGGCCCAUCUGGACGUGCAUGCCAUGCGCGCUGCAGCGGCAACUCUCUGCGGCUUCCACGACUUCUCCUCCUUCAGGGCCUCAGGCUGCCAGGUGCGCUUGUGCUGUGAGAUGCCAUGCGCACUCGCUGCAACCCAGUACAUCCAUGUGCCACGUGCCGGCCCACCUGGACGUGCCGGCCCAUCUGGACGUGCCUGCCCACCUGGACGUGCCGGCCCACCUGGACGUGCCGGCCCACCUGGACGUGCCGGCCCAUCUGGACGUGCCUGCCGGCCCAUCUGGACGUGCCUGCCUGCCCACCUGGACGUGCAUGCCAUGCGCGCUGCAGCGGCGGCUCUCUGUAAGUGGGUUCCACGACUUCACCUCCUGCAGAGCCUCAGGCUGCCUGCCAGGUGCGCUUGUGGGUGCAGCAGCAGUGAGCCAGAUUUUCUGCCACAUGCACACAGCAGUAGCCAAGCCAGCAGCAGCUGUAGUUUUAUGUGGCUCGCCUCGUCUGUUUUCCUCCUCCUCCUCCACUCCGCUUCUCUCCCCCGUGCUCCUCCACUCCGCUUCUCUCCCCCGUGCUCCUCCACUCCGCUUCUCUCCCCCGUGCUCCUCCACUCCGCUUCUCUCCCCCGUGCUCCUCCACUCCGCUUCUCUCCCCCGUGCUCCUCCACUCCGCUUCUCUCCCCCGUGCUCCUCCACUCCGCUUCUCUCCCCCGUGCUCCUCCACUCCGCUUCUCUCCCCCGUGCUCCUCCACUCCGCUUCUCUCCCCCGUGCUCCUCCACUCCGCUUCUCUCCCCCGUGCUCCUCCACUCCGCUUCUCUCCCCCGUGCUCCUCCCCUUCUGGCACGCCCUCCCCUUCUGGCACGCCCUCCCCUUCUGGCACGCCCUCCCCUGAUCGUCCCUCUUCCUCCCACCCACGUCUGCAUGCAUUUCCCUUCUCUCUCCCGAUCCACACCAUACCUCCCUCCCACCAGGCGCGCUCUCCUCUCCACUCGUUCACAGAGCUCUCGUGAGCUCUCCAUCUUUGAGGUGCCCUCCUGGUCCGCCAGCCUGCCCGCUCUGACUCUCCCCCACUACCCCAUCCCCACCACUCCACACCACUCUCCACCAAUCCUUUUCGCUUUUCUCCACCAGGCGCGCUCCCCUCUCCGCUCUCUAAGUGAGCUCUCCGUAUUUGAGGUGCCCUCCUGGUCCGCCUGCCUGCCCGCCUCCUCCCACCCCUCCUGCACCACGUGGCAAGGGCCUGAAGGGCCAAAAGGGGAGGCAGAGGGACGUGAAGUAUCCACCUGGCACGGCCCUGAGAGGGCGAAAGCAGGCACAGAGGGAGGCGAAGGGGAGGCGGUAGCGGUUGUGUGUGGAGAGAAACGAGGGAGGGAAGAGGAGGGAGUGUGUGCAGAGGGGAGGGCAGAGGGGGCGAGUGGCAAGAGGCUGCGUGGGGAAGAGAGAGGGGAGGAGUCGCGGGGAGAAGAGGAGGAUGGGGUGGAGAAAGAGGAAGGGGGUGGAGGAGAGAAAAGAGCGGAAACGAAAGGGGAGAGUGAGAAAGAGGAGACAAGGAGAGUGAGGGAGGGGACAAGGGAGGAGGGGGAAGGGAAGGAAGGGGAGGGAGGGGAAGGAGGGGAGGAAGGGAAGGAAAGGGAGGAAAAGGGGGACAGUGUGGAAAGUGGCGAAGGGGUGCAGAUGCUGGUGGUGCGGGCGAGGGCCCCCUCGUUCCUGUACCACCAGGUGCGGCUGCUGGUGGGACUGCUCAAGGCCGUUGGUGCAGGGGCCGUGCAGCCUGAUACAGGUGCGGCUGCUGGUGGGGCUGCUCAAGGCCUGGCCGUGGGAACAGGGGCCGUGGAGCCUGGCGCAGAGAACCUGUACCUUCAGGUGCGGCUGCUGGUGGGGCUGCUCAAGGCCGUGGGAGCAGGAGCAGUGCAUAUCGACAGAGGUGGGAAAGGGGGUUUGGGGGGGGGGGGGGGGGGGGGGGGGAAGGGGGGAGAGUGGGAGGGGGGGAUAUGUCAUUGGUUUCCAGGUCUGUACCACCAGGUGCGACUGCUGGUGGGGCUGGUCAAGGCCGUGGGAGCAGGGGCGGUGCACCCCAACACAGGUGAGGGAGAGGAGGGGAGAACAGGGAUGUGGGGAGACGUGAAGGUGGGGGGAGAGAAGGGAAUAAGAAACUUCAAAUCAAUCCCGGAGGCAAGGGACAUCCAGGGAGUGCCGCCCAUGGUUUUGAGAGCGCCCUCUUUUUACAUCAAAUCACCAUGUCCUCUUCCCUCCCCUUCCUUGCUUUCCCCUCCACCUCCCCUCCCGGAAGUCGACUCCACUCACAUCACAAUGUUCCUGCCCUCCCCGCCUUCCGUCUGCCUCGCCUCCCCUCCCCUGAGGCAUACUCGAUAA